CGUGUAGUUAGAAAGACCUUAACAAGAAAAUGGGUGUCCAAAGUAUUUUGAAUUUAAAUGACGACUGUCUUUACCAUAUAUUAAAGUAUCUAAGCAUCAAGGACCUCGUAAAUCUUGCGGAAUCCUUCACGAGGUUUCGAGAGAUUCUGAUGGACAGGCCGCCUGCGCCUUAUCCAGUAUUCCAUGGAAACGAUACCAAUGGCAAUAAGCCAGUGUUAUAUUACUCGACGUUGGCCGUUAAACUGAUGAGAAUCGUGGGAAAUAAUGUAAGAACACUGGGUGUGACACAAGGACAUGCUUGUGAUAGAGAGGAUCUUGGCUACGUCGUCCGCGACUUUCGAAUUCUCACAAAAGCAAAAAACAAAAUCGAUCUGCGGCAUUGCCUGGGGAAAAUUCCCAGACUUGAGGAUUUCCUGCGAUUUUCUUCUUCUACUCGUGACUAUUUAAGUGUAAACAUUCCUUCUUGUAUUUGUUACCUUGAGGACUUUUUCCAACUAAUUCCUGACUUGAAGGAACUACGACUUUUUGGAUUCGCCAAGUGUUCCAAUUGUGUUGGAACUAUUCUGAAAUGCUUUCCCCAUUUGGAUGAACUCUGGAUCCGGGGCACCUGCCUCAAACUUCGAUCUGAUUACGAAUUGAUAUCACAGAUCGGCUCUUUAACUAAACUCUCGCUGAAUGUUGGUGGACCCAAUUGUUUAGCCUCUUUGGCCAAUUUAACUGAACUUCGAUCUUUAUAUGUGGAGAGUAUCUUCAGCUACAUAUCCCCAGAAGAGAUUAUAGAAAUCAUACAGAACUGUAAGAAGCUGGAGUUUCUAUACUGUUACUAUAUAAAUCAUGGACAACAACCUCAUGAUUCCAUUGCAAAUCUCUUCAGAAGGAUUAAAGCGAUCAGAGAUCCUAGUCAACAGAAUCCUCUUCAAUUGCAUACAUAUUUGGACCCACCUCUUUCUGAAGAAAAUAAAAUGCUCAUCGAUAAGGCCUACUUCGAAUACCGCUGCCAGCCCUAGGAUAUAUAGAUAUACAUCGAAUUCUAAUAUAAAUCUUAAUACCUUUAAGACUUUAAUACCAUAAUUUUUAGAUUUCACGUCAAUAAAUACUUUUUAUGUAUCUCCAUUAUUAUCUUACCUUUUUUAGCCUCAUAAAUAAAGAUCCACGCUUAAAUGUUA